AUGCUUCAAGUCAAAAGAUUCAAUAGGCUAUAUCAUUAUUGGUCAUCAUGGAGCUUAAAACAACGCGUAACAUUUGCGGUACAAUUAUUUGCAAUUUUGGGCAUUCUAUGUUUACCUGUGAUUAGCAUCGCUGCUCUUGUUCUCACACUUGCUGUACUUAAUAUGACACUCGGUAUACGAAGGUUUUAUGUGAAAGUUCUCACGUUUUUAUUUGAUUAUGCGACAAAGAUCAAAAAAGAUAAGGAGAUCGCCAUUGAAGCGGAUUUCGUAUCCAUGGGACCAUCAACUCCACACAGCGAAUUACAUUUCGCUGACAGUUCAAUAGACAGUGCAAUCGAACUCAGUCCAUUAGAUGCAAUGAAAAAGGAAGAUGACGCUGCACAAAGUUCGAGAAUAUCAAGAGCAUCAUCACAAUCGGACAUUCAGUUUAGAUUCAGCGAUAUUCUGGAUUAUACUCGUCAAGGUCUCGAAGCGAUUGUUGAUGAUGAAGUAACAAAGCGUUUCACAUCUGCUGAUGAAAUGGCUGUGUGGAAUUUAUUAACACGUACUCAACAACAGCAUGAAUUGUUUUCACUUCGUGUUACGAUCCUUUGGUUUCUUGGAUUUCUUAUUCGUUAUUUCAUUCUAUUUCCAUUUCGAUUAUGCUUAUUCUUUCUGGCCAUGUUUUGGAUGAUGGGCGCGAUUCUAUUUCUCAAAUAUCUUCCCAUAUCCAAAGGCAAAUUACGUUUCGGUUUUUAUAUCAACAUUGUUUUACAUCGAAUCUUGUCACGAGUCUUCUCGGCAAUUAUCACUUUCCACAAUACUGAACAUCGGGCCAAAUGCGGAUCGAUCUGUGUAGCUAACCAUACAUCGCCGAUCGAUGUGAUUAUUUUGUCGACGGACAACGGAUUUUCAAUGAUUGGCCAGAAGCAUGGCGGAUUUUUCGGCUUGGUGCAACGAAGUUUAUCCCAAACAGCGAAUCAUAUUUGGUUCGAACGUUCAGAAACGAAAGAUCGUCAUAUGGUUGCUGAGAAAAUGCGCGAGCAUAUAAAAAAUCCAACAAAUCUACCGAUUUUAAUCUUUCCAGAAGGCACUUGUAUCAAUAAUACAUCGGUAAUGAUGUUCAAAAAAGGUUGCUUCGAGAUCGACGAAGCACCGAUCUAUCCAGUCGCAAUUAAGUAUGAUAAUCGUUUUGGUGAUGCGUUUUGGAAUUCGUCCAAACAUCAAUUAGUUCAGUACUUAAUUCUAAUGAUGACAUCAUGGGCAAUCGUUGUUGAUGUUUAUUAUUUACCACCGAUGAGAAUUCAACCGAAUGAAUUAUCAACCGAUUUCGCUCGGCGGGUGAAAGCAGCGAUUGCUAAGCAAGGAGGUUUCGUGGAUUUAGAAUGGGAUGGUGGACUGAAACGUUCAUUGCCGAAAGCUGAUUUUCGAGAAGAAGAACAACGGAAAUUCUAUGAGAUGCUCAAAACAGAAUGA